CUUUGCUCAAAAAUCCAAUUUUUAACAAUGCGCACUCCUACUUUCCAGCGUGUCGUUGAGGUUGGCCGUGUUGUCAUGAUCAACUAUGGUCCUGAUGCCGGCAAGCUCGCAGUUAUUGUCGAUAUCAUUGACCACAACCGCGCUCUAAUUGAAGGCCCCACCACUGGUAUUCCCCGCAGUGCCCAUGCCUUCCGUCGCUUAACCUUGACUCCCUUGGUCAUCAAGGUUCCUCGCAACGCUGGUCAGGCUGUUCUCAAGGCUGCCAUUCAGAAGCAGGAUCUCGCUGGUAACUGGGCCAAGACCUCUUGGGCUAAGAAGAUCGCCUCUCGUUCCAAGCGCGCUUCCAACACUGACUUUGACCGCUUCAAACUCCAGAAAUACAAGAAGCUUCGUCGCGAGAUUGUCAACAAGGCUGUCAAGGCUACCAAGGCUUAGAGGGA